UUGUCUUCCCGCAGCUAAACAAGCGUCUCCAAGACUCACUUUGAUUUAUUUAUUUAUUUAUUGGAACAUGUCUUCGAUAAGAGAACGAGCUGCGGCGUUGAACCUUGCAGAGAAACUGUGUGUGCGUCCCCAAGCUCCUGGAGUGGCCAUCAAACCGGUCCAGUCCUCCUCCAUGUGGAGCGGCCUCAUCUUCCACCUCAGGUCCUCUGUGACUGUGAAGCGAAGACGGGUCCACCUGAAGUCCCACAGUGACUGUUUCCUGGGUUCAGAGGCUGUGGAUGUAGUGGCAGAGUACAUUACUCACGUGAAGGGCCUUGAGGGUACCAACGUGUCUCGGGACAGAGUGGUGUGUGUCUGCCAGGCUCUGCUGGACUGCAACGUGUUCGAGGCCGUGGGAACCAAAGUGUUUGGGAAAGACAAGAAGCAGGAUGUGUUUCAGGACAGCAGGAGUUCUCUGUACAGGUUUGUAGGCGCGUGCAGUCCUUCAGUUGAUGAGUUGGAAAGAGGGCUGCUUGUAAAUGGGAUCCAAAAACUCUUCUGUAGUGCUCCUCCAGACAGACAGGAAGAGCUUAAGAUGUCCACCACUGUCAAACUCACUGAGACGUCCGUAAAGGCCAACAAACCGGAGGCUGAGGUCGCAAUUCGUCUGUCAGUGGAGCCUGUGGGGGUGGACAGUCUCAGUCUGAGUCCCAGUCAAGUGCAGACCGACUCGGUUUUACCACAAUCACUGGUGGACGAGGUCUGGCAGGAGCAGACUCUGCUCAGGCUCUUAAACCUGGUGGAGCUCCCCCUGCUGGAAGGAGUGCUUCAAUGCAGCCACAGGAGUCCAUCGUCUCCACCUCUGUCUCCGACCAACCUGCUGCCUCACAGUAACCCAGACCUGAUCUACACCACCAACCACCUGGACAGACAGAUCCUAAAGGCCUUCAGGGACUCUCAGGAAGAUGAGUGGCUCUGUGCAGCCUUGGACUGUUUGGACUUCCUCCCCGACCAGCCAGUGGUGGAGGUGAGCAGGGAGCUUCCUCAGUGUUUCCCUCAACACAAAGAGAGCCAAGAACUAUCUGGUAGCAGCAUCCAAGAGGGAGGUCACAGCAGCGACGAGCAGACCCGUCUCUCUCAGUCCGCCUUGGCCCAGUGUAAGCUGCUGCUGUAUGGGACUCUGGUCAAACACUACAGCAACACUAACAGAUCGCCGCUGCUGCCUCAGCACAUGACGGACAUCUACACAUCCAUCACCGACCUGCUGACCAGUGCCGGGUUAAGCAAGGCUCUGGAGGCUCUGCAGCUGUGCCUGAAGCUGCUUCCGUUCAGCUGCAGAGACGAGCUACGUCGCCUGCUCACAUUCAUGUCUCUGGCGGCCGACCCACAAGGGAUUAAAGUGGACAAGGAGGUGGAGAACAGGCUGGCAGUGAAGAGGUCUUUCUCCAGGGCGAUCCUUCACAGCAGGACUAUCUCCAAGGAGAAGGAGGAUCUUAUGGUGGUGUUUAUGCUUAGCAACAUAAAAGAAAUCUUCAAGAUACCAGGGGCUCUGCACAAAGAAGUGAGUGACAAGUUGGCGGGCCUCGUACAAGGGAAACAACCUGAUGUGACAGGCUCCACGUUCUGUCAGCAGCUCCCCAUCAGGACGUACACUGAGUCUACAAAGAAGAACACCAACCAUGAACUGUGGACCCUCCUCAGCAGCAUCCACGAGGACACCAAGAUGUCCGACAAGGAGAGGAAGCGACUUCUGAGACAGUUUUACCAAGCCCACCCAGAGAUAUUUCACCAGUACUUUGGUGACUCUGCUGUUACUGUGCUGUAGAUUAUGAUUUAACUCAAAAGACAUAUUUGAGCCUGACAUGCAAAUCAGGUAUUUAAAUAUAUGAUGAUAUAUCUAUGUGGAUUUAUGUGUAUAUUUACUUUGUUAUACCGGACAAUUAAAAUAAAAAGUUUCUGUCAAAUGUA